UGAUGACUCUUGUCCCCACCCUCAAUGACCACCCUGUAGAGAAUGGCUGUGACUGGUCUGUUUUUCAGGUGGCGUUUCUGGUGGUGCUGACCAUCUUUGGAAUACAAUCUCAUGGAUACGAAGUUUAUAAUAUCAUCAGCCCAAGCAACAAAGGUGGCAAUGUUCAGGAGACAGUGACAAUUGACAAUGAGAAAAAUAUCGCCAUCAUCAACAUCCAUGCAGGAUUAUGCUCUUCUACCACCAUUUUUGACUACAAACAUGGCUAUAUUGCAUCCAGGGUGCUCUCCUGAAGAGCCUGCUUCAUCCUGAAGAUGGACCAUAAAGCCAUCCCUGCUGUGGACCAACUCAAACGGUUCAUCUAUGAGAGGCAGGCUAUGAACAACAUGUUCUCCAACAAAUACACUUGGGUCAAGUACAACCCUCUGAAGUCUCUGCUCACAGAAGUGGACUGGUUCCUGUUGGGGUCACCCAUUCAGCAACUCUGUGAUCAUAUCCCCUUGUAUAAGGGGGAAGUGGUUGAAGAAACAGAUGAUGUCAGUGCUGGAGGAUGUGUAAAGACUGGGCUCCUGGGCAUCUUGGGAAUUUCCAUCUGUGCAGACAUUCACAUUUAG